AUGGCUGGCUCCUCGUCCUCAUCCUCCUCGUUUGCCACAUCCUCCCAAAGCCGCGUCCCCUCCAACUCUCAGCCUUACGUCAGCCCUCUGGACUCGACCUGGACUCCUACCUCGGGCGCUUCUGGAGGCUCUGCCGUCUCCGCACUCAGCUCGCAAGGUUCCCAGCCGAACUCACUCGGCCCUUUGGACCUUGGCCCUCCCGGAUAUGAAGCCACAAUAACCUUGUACGAGAAUACGUCGAGAGAAAAGACAGUAUACCUCGGUCCGUGGGAGGUGAUUGGGUCUCACAACCGCCGCGUAGUGUGGCAAUGCACCUACCGGAACGAACGCCUCGAGCAUUUUGUUCCGAUGGAAGACGUCUACCCUCAUACCCUUCAUGCUCGCCACCGACCCUAUACCGACGCCGCCGAUAUGGAGCGUUUCCUAACCUUCCGUGUGCCCCAUCGCAUCAGAUACACCGGCGAAGAUGGAACUGUGACGUUUGACGGCGUUAUGCAGGUAAAAUACGAGUUCACCAGCGUUGAAAGCUCAGUUCGAUUCCAGGGGGAUGUGCGGGGCAAGGUGCUUCUCGACUACUAUGACGUGGAUGUUGUCUGGUCUGAUAUCAACAGCCGCACAGAUCGAUUUGGGAGCGUAAGGGGAAUGGGCCUUGUCCAAAGGCUGAAGCUCUGGCGCGAUAACUACUCGAAUCUCCAUUCUAUAACCGUGUUUGCGAACCGUUCUUCGAGGCAAUAUCACGAGUACGAGCUGUAUUGGUUUGACGCCGAACCGCGCUCGAAGGACGACCGGACUCGACAGAUGAGACUCGGCGUGAGGGGCCGCCGCGGGAGCACAUCGGAUCUCAGUCGGCGGUUCUCAUUUAACCGCAUCCGGCCACGCCAGCGGUCCGUUCCUGGCGCGGGUCAGGGCGAAUCCUCUCACGCAGCGGCAGCCAGUCCUGGCCUAGAGAUAAAAUAUCUUGGUCUUCAGUUUAGUCACCGAGACGAUUAUCGACGAUUCCAAGAAGCCUGGGCUUACGCACAUAGUUGCGACAGCGAGUUCCAAGGAAUCCCGUUCCCUCAGCGUCAUAUCGAGCUCGAGUCGCCUCAAAUCCUGCCAAUGCCAGCCGAGCUCGAUGGAAGAGGACUCCAGCCCGUUAUCGAGCCGGAUUCCGAAGACGAAGAAGAUGAUACGUGA